UCAUGCAUAUUUGUAUACACUUUCGCAUGCAAGUAAGGUGUAAGUAAGGUAAUAUUUCCAUACCGGUACAUAACCUCAUGCAAGCUGAAUCGGCUGAAUCGUGUACUGUAGGGAUUUUCCGUAAGUGAAAAGUAUUGCAAAAAUAAGUUUGACAUUUGCCGAUAUCCCCACAUUUUUUCCUCACAGUUUUAGUCAAUUUUCCCCGGUUUUCCGGUGUUUUCUUGGAGCAAAAACUACGAAUUCUCAUUAAGGCGAUAUUUGUGUGCACAAAGUGAUAGGAAUUGAGUGAUAGAGUGUGUUAAUUUGCGUGAAAAAUGUCGUACGACGGAAAAACUCCAGCUUGUCCACCGCCGCCGCCAUGGCAGAGAAAUUCUCAAGCUCAAAUGCAUUUGGGGCUCGCAAAUCAAACUCUUGUCACCUACGCCCAAAAUCAGCCGGUUUACAAUACCAACAUCGCCAUGGCUCAGCAACAGGGGCAGCAGUCGCAGAAUAUCUCGUUGAUUUCCCAAAUGAACGCCAGCCAGCUGCAGCCGAGUCAGAUUUAUUCGCAAACGGUGAGCUACCCCUCGUCAAGGGGGCUCAAUCCUAUUGCUUUCAGUCAGCAGCCGUCGAGUGGGCAAUCGUCGCACUCCUCGAGCUCAGCUCAGCUGCCUCUGGGGCAAACGGCGUCUUCUUUAGCCAAAUCCCAUGGGGUGUUCAAUGGGAUUGGCGUGGUGACAAAGAUGCAGGGUGAUGUGGGCUUCAUUGACAAAGAAGUCUUCUUCAACAAGAACGUCUGCGCCAAGGGGAGCUACCCCAAGGUGGGAGAUCGUGUUCUCGUGGAAGUAAACUACAACUCAAAGAUGCCCUUCAAGUGGAAUGCAACACGCGUCCAGGUGGUUUCAUCCUCGGGAAGUUCAUCACUCUCAUCGCAUUCUCAGAGUAGAUCAAGCCUUCCGGUGCCCCAUAAAUCAUCCUCCUACUCAACAUCAUCACCCACUGAGAAUGGUUCGAGCUAUAGUCGUCACAGGAGUCGACGUACCCCAUCACCUCCACGUAUCUCCGAGAGUAAGAGCUCCCGCUCACGGGAUCCUCGCUUGAGACGCGAUGAAUCACCCUAUAGAUCCGAUGAGGAGGAACGAAAACGUCGCCGAGAGCGUGAGAAGGAGAAGUAUCGCGAGAGGAAGGGAUCAACCCCAGAUCGUCGUGAGCGAAGUCCACGAAGAUCUUCACCGCCGAAGAAGAGACGCUCACGCGCCAUUCCACGCUACAUGGUGCAGGUGCCGACGGUUUCACUCACUGUCAAGGAAGCCGAUGUGCUGAUGUUGCGCAAACGGUACGGGAAUCUCUACGUGCCAUCAGACUUUUUCUUCACCAACAUCAAAUGGCCCGAUGCCUUCCCGCCCAAUGUUCCCUUUUCCAUCCACAAGCCGUGCUCUUUUCACAUUAUGCGCAAAGAUGUGGAACCCGUUGUGUGUGGUGAGGUGCCAUCAGAACCUGAUGAUGCUGAUUACCUCUUUUCUGCAAAGGUUAUGCUGAUGGGGAGUCCACCAAUUGAGGAGAUGUACAGCAAAUGCAUCACAACAGCUGAGGAGAAGGAGAAGGAUGAUGAGCGUGAUGUUGUGCACCCAUCGAGGCUCAUAAAUUUCCUCGUUGGUGUACGUGGGAAGAACGAGGCAAUGGCCAUUGGAGGCCCAUGGAGUCCAUCGAUGGACGGAGAGAAUCCCCAAACGGAUGUUUCCGUCCUCAUUCGUACUGCCAUUCGUAGUUGCAAAACCCUCACGGGGAUUGAUUUGUCAAAUUGUACUCAAUGGUACCGUUUUGUGGAGCUAUACUAUCGCCGUGGUGAGGUUGUGCAGAAAGGACGCAUUAUUCCGCCACGAAUUGAAACGGUCGUCAUUUUUCUGCCAGAUGUCCGAUCGUGUAUUCCAACGCGUUCCGAAUGGGAUGCCCUUCAGGGGAAAUAUAGGCGAGCCUUGGAUCGAAUCCUGCUGCAGGAGGAUGAGUCACCAUCUGAAGGGGAUGGUGAAUCAUUGGCAACGGCGGGUGUUGAUCAAGGGGUUGUUGUUCCUAAAGCGGAGUCUUCUGAUGCUGCCCCAGCUGAAUCCAGCGAAAAGGUGGACACACCAGUUGCAGAAGGAGCUGAAGCAGCAGCAGCAGUUGAGGCAGUUGACGCAGCAAAAGAAGCCGAAAAAGCAGCAACCGAGGUAGCAGCUGCUGAGGUGGCAGUUGAGAAGGCAUCCGAGGAGAAUAGAGAAGCCGUUGCAGCUGAUGAUGGAGUACCGAUUGAAAAGGAUGAAACUGCUGAUGAUGUAGUUCCGGAAAAUGAACCAACACAUUGGUCAAAGUUAGAACCGAAGGCAAUGAAGAUUCAGGAAUUACGUGAUGAGCUGUCGGCGAGGAAUAUUUCAGCCAAAGGUCUUAAAGCUCACCUUGUGACACGUUUAACGAAGGCUAUAAGGAUUGAAAUCGAAGCUGAAGAGAGGGCUGAAGAGCUAGCAGCACAAGAAGCUGAAGAAAAGGCUGCAAAGGAAGCUCAAGAGAAAGCUGAUAAGGAAGCUCAAGAGAAAGCUGAGAAAGAAGCUCAAGAGAAAGCUGAGAAGGAAGCUCAAGAGAAGGCUGAGAAAGAAGCUGAAGAAAAGCCAACUGAGGAAGCAGAAAAAGCUAAAGAAGAUGAUGCAAUGGAAGCUACAGAGUCCAAGGAAGAUGAGAAGGAAGUGAAGGCAGAAGAGGACACCAAGACAACUGAAGAAGUCGCCACUGAGUCAAAGGAAGAAGUGAAGGAAUCUUCAGAAGCAAAGGCAGCAGAAGAAUCAGCAGAACAGCAUGAAAAGCAAGAAGAAUUAAAGGAAAAUAAUGAAGCAAAUGACAUAACAGAGGUUGAUGAAUCCGAACUGAUGAUUGUGGAUGAAUCUAAGGGGGAUGAUGAUGAUGAGAAAAUUGUGGAAGAGCAUGAAGGAACAAAGGUAGAUGGUGAUGAAGUUAUGGCAGAAGAACCAGCCAAGGAAGCAGAAGAGAUCAAAAAGGUUGAAGAACAAACGAAAGAGGAAGAAGAGGCAGCUAAAAAGGUUGAUGAAGCCAUGGAGGUGGAUGAAAGUAAGGAAACAGUUGAAGCUUCCGGAGAGGCUGAGGUGAAGGAAACAGAGAAGCCUGCAGAUGAGAAAGAAGUCGAAGAGAAGGCGAAGGAAACUGAAGGGGAGCCUGCGAAAGUAGAAGAGAAGGAUUCAGCAAAGGCAGAAGAAUCCAAAAAGAAGGAUGAAGAACCGAAGAAAGCUGAAGAGCCCAAGAAGGAUAAGGAAGAAUCCAAGAAGACAGAAUCAAAGGCACCAGAUACGGAGAAUACCGACUCUGUGUUGGAUGAGAAUGAUUUAUCUGAUUUAGUGAUCAUCGAUGAGGUGGAUACAACAACAAAAGGAACCACAGAGAAGGUGGAAAAGCCCAAGAAGCCCGAGAAGAAGCCUCUCGAUGAGCGUGAAAGGCAGGCUUUGGAGAAGAAGUAUACCCUUCCGGAUAAUCCACAGAUCAUCGUUCAUCCGAACAAAUUGGCAAAGAAUGGCAAAUUUGAUUGCACAAUGAUGUCUCUCUCGGUCCUCCUGGACUAUCGCCCAGAGGAUACGAAGGAGCACACAUUUGAGGUGUCUCUCUUUGCGGAAUUAUUCAAUGAAAUGCUUAUGCGUGACUUUGGUUUCAACAUCUACAAAGCCCUCAAUCUAAUUCCGGAGAAAGUGAAGGAGGCCGAUGUGAAGAAGGAUGAGAAGAAGUGUGAGGUUGUUACAAUUGAGGACAGUCCUGGGAAGGAGAGUGUGAAGGAUUCCCCGAAGAAGGGUACGGAUGAGAAAGCCAAGGAAGAGGUGAAGCACAAAGACGAUGAGGAGUCAGUGCGAAGCAGGAAGUCUCGUGAGAGAAGUGAUCGUGAAAAAUCUGAACGAUCACGAAUCUAUGAUGAAUCAGAUGAUGAUUCCAUGUCCAUUAGAUCCGGGGAGAAGAGGAAGCGUGAAAAGGAUCGUCAGAAGUACUAUACAGCUCAUCCGGAUCUCCUGCUGUCCUUUGUCUACUUCGAUCAGAGUCACUGUGGGUAUAUUUUUGAGAAGGACGUCGAGGAUCUCUUUUACACACUCGGAUUGGAUCUCUCACGUUCCCAAAUCCGCAAACUUGUGGCUAAGAGUAUGUCCCGCGAUGCUCUUCACUAUAGGAAACUCACAGAUUUAGUGAAGGAAGAGAAGGAGGAGAGUGCAGCAGAUGAUUCAAUGAAGGAGACUCCGGAGAAUUUGGAGGAUUCUCUCUCCGAGGAUGUUCUCAAGGGCAACAAGAUUUACUUGCCUGUCUUCAAGGAAAUGCUGAAAUCUAUCGAGACAAGCGAUGAACCUCCAAUGAAGAAGAUUAAAAUGGAAACAUCUGAGGAUGGGGAGGCGUCAGCAGAGGUUGCACAAGCUGCAGAAGCUUCGACAUACGUUAUGAUGAAGAAUGGAGGGAUUGUUGAUGUGGAGAAGCUGGUGGGACAGAUGCAGCGCACAGAUAAGUCUCUAGAGGAGUCUGAGAAGCAGCUGAUUGACUUGAGGAAGCAAAUUUCUGACCUACAGUCUGCCAAUUCCAAGGCAAACACAAAGAUAAAGGACCUCUCAUCCGAUCUGCGUAGUGUUAGUCGCAAAUUGAAUGAUACAGAGCAGACUCUUGGAACCACGCAGAAGAGGUGCAAUGAGUACUACUCGAUCCUUUCGACGAUCAACGACAGGGUGUCCCCUGUCUUUGCAAAGGCGGAAAAAUCGCACAGGAGUGACUCACGUUCCCGUGAGCCAAGGGAGAAGGAUCGCGAGUCGAAGGAAUCAUCCAAGUCGGAAACAACAAAGAAGGAAGAGUAGAGUACUUAUCGCUUCAUUUAAUCUUUAAAAAAAUUGACAAUGUUUCCACGAAUAUUGAUGAGGAAGAUUAUAAUGAAUUUAGCAAAUAAGGAUAAUUCAGCAUAAAUGAAUUUUACAGGCAAUCUAAUCUUAUCUGUAUUCAUAUUGAUAUCAAAAUAAAUCUUGUGUGAAUUAACCAUAGAAAAA